AUCCUGGGAGGAAACUUUCCCGGUCACAAACUUGGGGUUGAAGAGCAAACGCCACCCGCUCGCAGCUGCUUGCGCGGCCUCGGGGUCCCCUUCCCGGCCAGCUCCUCCUCCACCCCCCCCCCCCCCGGCUUUGCGGACCUUCCGCGCCCCUGCCCAGCGCCGCCGCCCAAGCCGACGUGGCGGAGCGCACAGGUCGCGGUCAGGUGGUCGGUGACGCCCGGGACCGGCUCCCGGGAGGGCGGCGCCGACGCCCGGGGUGGGGACUGCGCGGGCGGCCGCGGGCGGAGCGCGGAGCGGCGCGGAGGAGCGCGGCAGGCCGAGCGCCGGGAGCGAGGUGGCUCAGACAUGGAUCGCGGCGAGCAAGGUCUGCUGAAGACAGAGCCAGUGGCCGAGGAGGGCGAGGAUGCCGUGGCCAUGCUCAGCGCGCCCGAGACGCUGACGGAGGAGGAGCAAGAGGAGCUGAGACGCGAACUUACUAAGGUGGAAGAAGAAAUCCAGACUCUGUCUCAAGUGUUGGCGGCAAAAGAGAAGCAUCUCGCUGAGAUCAAGCGGAAACUUGGGAUCACUUCGCUUCAGGAAUUCAAGCAGAAUAUCGCCAAAGGAUGGCAAGAUGUGACAGCAACCAAUGCAUACAAGAAGACAUCCGAAACUCUAUCGCAAGCUGGACAGAAGGCUUCCGCCGCGUUUUCAUCAGUUGGCUCAGUCAUCACCAAAAAACUGGAGGACGUGAAAAACUCCCCAACUUUCAAGUCAUUUGAAGAAAAAGUUGAAAACUUAAAGUCUAAAGUAGGUGGAGCCAAGCCUGCUGGUGGUGAUUUUGGAGAAGUGCUGAAUUCCACAGCGAACGCUACCAGUACCAUGACCACAGAGCCUCCUCCAGAACAGACAACUGAGAGCCCCUGAGCCACCCUGAGCCCCGGCCGGGGACCUGCUGCCCACUGCCAGGUGCUGCCAGCGACAGCCAAGCACAUCCGACAACGCUCAUGGCUGCAGAUUUCUACGAGAUGUGCUUUUAUUUAGCUUUACUUAUUUCUUUGACCAAAUAGUUUGCGAAUGAAACAAAGUGAAACCACUUUCACCUCCACUUGGGGAAACACCUGUAAGCAUGCAUGGAAGGCCUUUGUAUAGCAAGCAGCACCACAGAGUCUCUGGGAGGUCCCUGCAAGCCAACACUGUUUCCCCUUAAAAUUACUGUACGUCUGGGUUCUAGUUUGAUCUUUCUUUACUAUCUACAUGAGUCAUUCUUUUGGGUCUCUGUACACUUAAUCAAUUUCUAACUAAAACUGUUCUUUUCUGAAUUCUGGUUAUUAAAAGUCUUGGAAAUAUUUAAUUACUUUCAAAGGAGAAACUACCUGCUACAUUUUUUUUUUUCGUGGAUAAACAGUUAUGUGAGGACCAUGUCUUGGCUUUGUAAAGACACCAGACUAAAGUAUGCAGGUGUGUACACAGUUCAGUAGUCCUGUAAAUUAAAAAAAUGUGGACUCCCAAACUUGCAGUGGAGAGAGUGUGGGUCCUGCCCCGCCUUGGUAACUGUCAUCUGUAGAUGCAUCUAUUUCAGCAUAUCGGUUACUUAUUAUACCAGUCUUAUGCAUUUUUUUACAAGAUUAAAAUUUAAUUUCAGAUAAAUUGACAGAAUAACAUUGUGAGUCUAGUAUACGAUAUUACAGUGCGUUGGAAUGAUCCCACACUCAGCGCUGAUAAUUCCAAAAGUCUUCAGACCAAAAAGUCUUUAGGCCUAUACAGCUAUAAAAAUGCUAAAUAAAAUUUACCUUAGGGGAAAUUACUGCCUCCAUUAAACCCAUUUAACACCCUUUAGGAAGCACAGAAAGUUCUAUGAGAAAUACAACUUGACUAUUUUUUUCCUAAGGCAUUGUUGAUAACUCCGAAGGCUGUAAGGCGUUCAUACAAAUGAGCUUGUCAGGCUGUACUUGUUUUCAGUGUGUCAGUGACUGUGAACUGCACUGCAGACAUUGUUCGUUCACACUGUGAGAACUGUUGGGGCUUGUGAAUCAAAGCUUCCAGAUGUGUCUGCUAAGUUCCUCUGUUAGCUAUGGUUACUACUGAUGCACCGCUGUUUCCUUUGCUGUAUGUUUGUGGCCUAUGAGUUUGUAUCUGUUACUUAUCUAUUGUGGUAGUUUUACCAUUGUCCAUGCCAAAUGUUAAUUGCCAAGUUUGGAGUGACCUAAAGCAUUUUCCAAAAGCAUGACUAGAUUUAAUUGAGGAUAAGGUUUCUGCAAACCAGAAUUGAAAAACCACAGCGUCAGUUGUUACCAAACGACAUACUGCCAUUCCUGAUUGCUACUUGGGUGCAGUGGGAACUGUGCUCCAUUAUAUGUGAAAAUAUUAAUAAAGUCUGUGUCUCAGUA